UUAGCAAGCCACAAUGACUACAUAUAUCCCUUCCUUGACGCUUCCGCGCUUCGUCUUCGAGCAGCCAGCCAUCUCCAUUGCCCUACCUAUGGCUGUGGGUGCUGGUAUAGGCUACUCGACAAGGCCCGACGAGUCGCAGAAGUUAUACCGAAAGCUGAAGCAACCUCCAUUCAACCCACCUGGAUGGCUUUUUGGUCCCGUCUGGACUGCUCUUUACGCGACCAUGGGCUACACCGCCUGGAGAGCCUGGACUACAGGAACCACCUCCUUCGACCCCGAAACCGUCAAAUUAGCCAAGCAAGGAGCCACCCUCUACACCAUCCAACUAGCGCUCAACUUCGCCUGGAUGCCACUCUUUUUCGGCUUCUACCGCCCCAUUGAAGCAGCUGUUGACCUCGUCGCCCUUGGUGGCGUAACAUCUUGCCUUACCUACGUCUGGGGGAAGGUUGACCCCGUGUGCGGAUGGUUGCUUGCGCCGUAUCUAGGCUGGCUUGGAUUUGCCACGUAUCUCUGUGUGGGCUGCGGAUAUCUCAAUAACUGGGAUUUCAGCGCUGCCACGAAGGAAGAGAAGGCGGAGUAAAGCGAGAAGCACUGGGGGUUUUUUUUUACCGUGGCUGAGUGUGAUCUCAAACAUGAGUGGGUUUUAGGAAGGUGAUGCGGUGGCCGCAUGUCUUACUGAAGGAAAUAGAAUUAC